UGCUUUUGUGCGCCUUCAAAACAACAUCAGCUGAUAACAGUUGUGAAAAUUAAACAAAGGAAAAUUACAUACAUUUGUGAAAAGUGCAUUAAGUUCUCCGAUUUCUCUUGCAUAGCAUUCACUUUUAUUAAACAAGUCUUUUAAAAUAUAACAAUAGGCUAAUUGGCAGCAAGUGAAAGGCUUGAGUGGAAAGUUACAGUAACUAUGCAAUUACAUAAAUUUAAUGCAUUUAUUAUACAUAUAAACGGUGCAUACAGUUGCUGUUUCUAAAUGUUACUACAAUUUACACAUUUUAACCAAAUUAAAUUGCUGGAAUAUCGAAAAUAAUGGAUGAUUUAGAAGUGCAGAUUCAACAGUACUUGGAAGUGCUACCAUUUUCCGAAAGCAAUUUCCUCAAGAGUUGGCUGCAAAGUUUACAACCGCAUAGCAAUAGCAAUAUUGCACCAAACAAUUAUGAAAAUAUAACACAAUUACUGCUGCACCAUAUAUACCCGGUCUUGCAAAUAUUGAAUGUGUGUCGCGAAAAAUAUAAACUUCCAGUCAGUCGUGUAUGCGCUGAAGCACUACAAUUACUAUUGCAACAAAAUGUAACUGAGAACAGAACACAAUUCAUUAAUUUCAUCGCAAAUUGUCCGCUAAACGUACUCGACAAUCCACCGUUACGUUGCAAAUUGAUUAAAACUUUAAUUACGGAAGUCAGAAGUGCCGAUGACGUUUGCCUGGCCCUAUUGGCACGUCAUGAAACCAAUUUAUUAGUGGAGGUGCUCGAACAAUCGCAGGAACAAUAUCGAAAUUGCUCAAAUGGUGUGCCAAAUAAAGAAUUUAUAUUACAACAAACACUACGAAAUAAGCAGCAUUUUGCGCCGUUGAUAGCGAAACAGUUAAAAAAUGCAAGCAAUGUGCAAAAUAAAGGUUUACGUAACAAUAUGUUGAUAUUAAAGAUUGCCGAUGAAUUCUCAAAUAUUAAACAAACUUUGUCUGAACUCGGUAACAUAAACAAGUGGCUGUCGGAGUAUAACGUCGACGAGAGUCCGUUACAUUUAAAGGAGAUACAUAAAUUCUUUUAUGCUGAUUUUCAGCGUAUAACUAUAAUUGUAGACUUUCUAAAACGUUUUUCGGCGCUAUAUAAAACCAUAACUUUAGAAGCGAUAUUAAAUAGCAGAAGCAUUUUAAAGUUACUUUACGACUAUGACAUUGAUACCAGCUUCGAAGAGACACGCCGCUUACUGGAAGCCACACGCAAGUGGCAAAUGCAGCUAACCAAUAUGAAAUCUAUUUAUGAGCUCGAAAUGGAAACUUUGAACUACUACACAGCGCUCUCAACGGUGUGCGACAUAAUGCUACCCAACACAAACCCAAACAAUUUGGAUACCUACUACGAGUGCAAGAUACAACAGCUUAACGGCAUGCUGCGUAAAAUACUUAAUGUCGACAUGCUGUGUGCGCUCAUUGAGGAUAUUUUCCAAUUGAUCUUCCUGCGUUGGGAGCAUUUACGCCACGCCUCAAACAUAUACGCAACAGCGUUUCACACACAUCUCGGCAACGCGGCAGCGCAGUCAAGUGGCGUUAGCAGCACCGCCGAAGCUGCUGUGGAGACACCCACAGCGUCUAUGCGUUCAACGCCACUUUCUGCUGAUAGCGGACGUCAGGGUUUCAUUUGUCGUGGCCCGGCGCUACAUGCAAUCUUUGCGUUUCUCAAAAAUUUCAUAACCAAAAAAAUACAUUCGGAAGAUUACAAAUUGGCCUCGGGCCGCGUGCAGCUACGCUUUCAACGCAUCAUUGAUGUAAUAACGGAGGCAUUGUGGAAAUAUGCAGUUUUGCAGAAAUUUGAUAAUUCGCUUACGUCGGCCAGUCGCAAGCAGAAGUUCGGGCUUGAGGCUGAGGAGUUGCUGCAAUUGAUACAUGCGCAUAUCGAUGCAAUCGAGAAGUCUUCCAGUGAUGAUGAUAGUCGUGAUCGCAGUAACCACGCUAGUUUGUCGCGUCGCAAAGCAGCGCGUAAGAAACGACGCGCUACAAUUAGUGUUGCCGCCGGCAUUGCACGUCCGGCGGUGCAAGCUGGUGCCAAAGUUGAUUUGAUGAUUAACAGUGUUAACGCUGCAGAAGACACUGAGUGCAAUGCCGUUGAGGAUUUGAAAUCACGACGCGAAUUCAAUCGCUUGACCGAACGUAGUAUCAUACCGCAGAUGUUGGGCUCGCCGGAGAAUCUAGCCAUAAUGGCUUUGUCUUUGAAGAAUUUCAGCGAUGUCAAGUUUAUAAUUGAGACUUUCCACUUGCAGAACACCGCACUCAAUCGUGAGUUGGUGUUUGUCGAGCAACAGCAACAGAUCAAACAGAAAUUGGCAACUAUUUACGAAAAUUAUCUGCAGAAGGUGCAAAGUGGCAAGGGCGGCGUCGGCGACGGCGGCGCUCCAGUUGCAGAGCAGCCAGCCGCCACUGUUGAGCAGAUACGCAAUGUGGCCGGCAAAGGUUUCGAUGUAUCGCGCAUAAUCAGCGUCAUUGACACCUUUGCGCUCACGCAACGCAUCGAACCCACCGCGGAGCAGCAGCAAUUAUGCCAGCGCUACAUGAGCAAUCCACAAUAUGCCUUUCUACGCAAUUUCGACACAGACAACUUGAAUGCGUUCAUCAUCACCGAUUUGGUGCUCAAUUUGCCAUUCAACCGCGAGAUAACCUCAAAUAUUCUAACGGUCGUAAGGCGACAGCAACAGCUGAAGGUUGGUGCGAGUGGCGCCAUGUCACGUUCGCUACGCAGUGACGACGGUGCGGCCAACAAGCAGCAAUUGUACAGCGAUAUCGGCGCGCUGGCGUUAUUGGAAAGCCUCAGUGAAUGCCUGCAAGUGCAGCCGCAGCAGCGGCUCUGUCGGCUGCUCAACGAUAACUACUACUCGCUGAAACCGCGUAAAUUGGCGUUGGAAAUGCAGCGUGAACGCGCUUUUGCCGCGGUCUUUCACAAAACGGACAGCGAAAUCGGACACAUUGAUGAUUUGAAGACGCAUGCGCCGCUCUUUCACGAACUGCAAGCCAAGUGCAAUUACUAUCAGCGCUUCAUCGCCUAUGUGCAGCAGCUGGCGCAGCUUAUGCAGUUGCGUGAUCGCAAUUUGGAGUAUCACACGGGCGCAAUCUUGAAGAUUAACGUUUGUGAUGUCAUCGGCGAAUUGAUUUUCGACUGUGAUAUGACACCGUUGGAGAUUGAGGCGAAUGUGGCAGCCUUGAACUUAAAUUUGGUGCAUGUGAUAGCGCUGAAUGUGUGUCCUGAAAUCGCAGGCAAAUGUGGCGACGGUGUGGGCAAGUUGGCGCGCCGCAAAAUUGAGCCACAGAAGUCGGAAAGCAUACUCAACUAUGUGGCGAAUCAGAAUGCGCUGCUGGCAUGUCUCUUGCAGGGUGUUAUUAGCGCGACCGGUGUGCCACUGCCAGCGAAAAAUUUAAAUACCAGCUAUCUGCAGGCGUUACUCGAGCUGUCGGAGAUCGAGCGCGUGGCAACGCUCUUCAAUGACAACAAAUUCGUGGCAGCCUUGCGCUCCGACUACGAUCCCAGCCAACUCGUUGCGGAUGUGGCGUCUAAAUUGACACAGUUGAAGCUGCAGACACUCGAUUUGGGCUACCAACCAAAGGCGUUGCAGCAAAGACGCACCGAUCAAUUGCUGUUGCAACUAAUCGAGGAGGAUGCGCGCAACAUACGCUUUGCGGGAGGCAUACAAGAUGUGGGCACACGCGCCAAAUUGAUACAAGCGAAUUUCACAAAAAUCGCUACCACACGCCUGGCCAAAGAGCUCAUAGAGAACACGCUGCAAAAUCGAGCGGCCGCCAAACGCAUACCGUCCGCGCUGCGCAGCCAACUGGAGGCCACACUGGCCGAUAUAACGAUUUAUGCGAAAGUGUCUGAGGUGCUGCAAUUCGAGACGUGGCCGCAAGCCUACGACUUCGGCAUGAAGACACCAACAGCUAUCUUCGAGCAACUAUUGCAAUCGCAUUUGUAUAAACUGUGUUAUAAUUGGUGUCGCGUGGUCAAGCUGGCCGAACGCUUUGCGGCGCAGAAGCAACGUUUUCUGGAUCUGCUACUGAACGCGCUGCUGGAAUUGCAUGACGAUGUCAGUUGCAACGGUAGCAGCGGCAGCGGCAGUAGCGAAGCCGAUGGCGAAGUCAACAAAUACUUACUGAAGAUACUCGAGACAUUUCCCACAGCGGAUGUGGCCAAAUUUCUGGAUACACACAAAGAUAAGUUCCGUACGGUACACUUAAUGCGCUACUCCGUUGACUAUCUGACACGUUGCAAUCCGCACGAAAGUCAAAGCUAUCGAAAUUAUAAAAUUUCCUUGGUAAUUUUCGAACAGCUAACGCCCGGUGAACUUGCGCCGUUUUGGAAACUCUUCACACAUCCACUGUUGAUCAUCGAACAGUUGGUGAUGAAUACGAAAUUUGAGACGCUCACCAAAGUGCUGACCGCCGUGCGUACAGCGCUUGCACAGGCCGAAGCGCAAGUGUGCGCCUUCUGCUUCGACAAGCGUGGACACAUCUAUGACAUUCACACGCGCAGUGCGAAUUCGCCACACAAGGUGAAAUUCCAACUGGGCACCGAUACGGGACACACCAACAACUCGGCGUUCAUUUUGCUCAAUUUCAAUUUGUACCAGAAGCACCAUGUCAUCUCCAAUGAAUGCAUCGAUUUGCUGUUGCGCAUUUACGGUACGAAGGCGCUGGACUACCACGUCUCGGAUGUGGCCUCCUCGUCGGAGCGCAUCUCACAGACCACCGACAUGCAACAGUCGUUGGACUCGCUGUGCGGCGCUUUUCAAAUGCCCGCAUUGGCGCCGACGCGUGAGGACUGGGUGCGCGACGAUGAUGCCACGCACUGCAUGUGCUGUCAUCGCGCCGCCUUCACUAUGCUCAUGCGUCGCCAUCAUUGUCGCCGCUGUGGACGUGUUGUCUGCUUUGCCUGUUCGGCACAUCGCAUGCGCAUACCCGAUCUGUAUGAGGAUGUGGAGGUGCGCGUGUGUAACGAUUGCUUUAGCAAAACCGAGGAGGUGCAACGCAGGCGCGCUCAAGAUGCGAAUGCCGAGGCGAAAGCGGGCAGUGCCAACAAUGCCGGCGCGAGUGGUAAGCGUGCGCGUGAUAGCGACGCUUACAAGUGGCAGCUAUGCGGCAAUAUUACGCAUGAUAAGCUCUUGCGUGAAGAAUUCUGCUAUGAGCAUGCGCCCAGCGUGGCGCUCUGUCUCUCCAUACUCGCCUUCCAUCAGGGGCAGCAGAAGUGUGUCGACCUGCUGCUGUAUCAUUGUCAUAAAUUGGAAAAGCUAUUUGUGCCAAAUCCCGAGGUGGACUACGAGCUGGUCGCCAAGAUGAUGAACUGUCUCGCGCUGGCCGCAAAGGUGCGCGGCGGUCCUCCAGAAAUUGAGACCAUACGCGAACACUCAAUGAUCAUUAUGUCUGUGGUGCAAAACGGCUGUGAGUCGUUAAUACCACCAGGUCCGCUCAAUAAUCACAGCCUACGUAAGCUGGGCGAUUCGCUGGUGCAAGCAGAGAAAUGGGAUCUCGCUUUUGAAGUGCAUCUCAAGUGUGGCUUUCCCACAGUCGGUGUUAUGGCGGCGCAUGGUUUGUCUUGCUUGCGCGCUGGAUGUUUUGAUACCGCACGCGAGAAGUUCUCCUAUUGCAUGACCAAGUUGAGUAGCGAGUAUAUGAAUGAGAAAAUCUGCAAAUAUAUAAUGUCCACAACAACAACACCCGAUACGGACACGAAUGACAACCCAUUCGAAUCCUCUCACCAGGAACCGGACAUACAAAUAACAAAACGCCCACAACGCGGUCCCCCACUACUGCAGGAGAUAGUGAAAACCAUCGAGAGCACACCAUGCCUAAAGCCGCAGCCGGAGACAUUGAAGCGCGCCUCACUCAUACGCAGCUCGAAUACUUCGCUCGCCUCAAUGCUGUCGCGCCGCAAGGACCCAUGUCCCAUACGCAUGCACGAGCCGGCGCUGGGCAUACUCAACACACUGGCCAAUUUGAAGCACAUCGCGAAGGGUCAGUACAACGAACUGCAUAACAAUCUCAGUGGCACGCACACAAAUCUCGAUAAUAAGUCGCGACAGUAUGUGCAACACACGCGCGGUUUCGAGGAAUGCCUCUACUAUGUGCUGACCUAUGGCUCACACACAGAUGUGCUGCAAUUUCUCAUGCGUCAUCGUGAACUCAAUGCGGCGCUCAAGUAUUUGCUACAACAAAAUCUCGAAUCGGAAUAUUUUAUACACAACAUUUUCCUCGGCGCCCUGCGCCAUGGUAGUCUGCCGACACUAAUCGAGCAUAUGCAGAAGAUGGACGCGAGUUUAAGCAUUUGGCGUGUGACUUUGCUGCAGACCUGUCACUAUUUGGAGACACAAAAUCAUCUCAACUCACUCUAUCAGUUGCAAUUGCUGCUGCACGAUCCAGUGCGCGCGAGCAUGACAUGUGUGCGCUUCUACUCGGCCAAUUGUGAGACUUUCCAGCAUCUGCAUGCGAACGCCAUGCAUCUGCACAACGCACAGCAGCACUUGCAAAGCCAAUUGGAGUUGACGCAGUGGGAUAAGGUGAAUUUCGAGCCGUUGCUGCGCAAUCGUAAAGGAUCGGUGAGCAGUCGGCGCACGAGCGUGAGUUCGGGUGCGAAUACACCGGCUACGAGCAUGAGCUUCUUAAUGCAUAUGGAUGCGCGUGCGCUCAACAGUCACAUCAACACGAUCGCCAUGCAAUUGGAAGUGGCGAAGUUCUUGGCGCAUUGUGAGCGUGAGUUGAGCGCGCCGGAUGAAGUGAACACGCUGAAAAUGCUCAAGCAGUUACGUCUGGACAAUGCGGGCAAAUUGAAGUUACCCACACUCUUUGAUGGCGCGCAGGAGCGCAUACAAGUUUGCAUAUUGAUUUUGCUGUGCGGCAAGAAUACCGAGGAAGGUUUUGGCUUAGCCUACAGAAUCAUACACCACUACAAGCUGCCGGAGGUGAAAGUAUUCGGUGCGUCAGCCAAAUUUCUGGCUUGCAAUCAACGCAUUGUCGAAGUAGAAAAGCUAAUCAGCUGCAUAACCUCGAAUAAUGGCAUACAAACGCGUGAUAUUGAUGAGAUCUUAUCGAUCGCCAUCAAUUCGGCUAGCAAUUCUAAUGAUCCGGAGGUCAAGACUAUACUGGACAAUCUCGUCAAACGCAUUCAUAGCGUGGAAUUGCGCAUAUCUUGUCACAUCUUCAUUGGCCAGCUGAAAUCGGCAUACCUCUUAGCGAAUAAGUAUGAACGUAUCGGUGAUAUACGUCGUAUACUGCGACAAGCCGAACUCACCAAUCAGGUGCAUAUUAAGAAAUUGUGUGAAAGAAAAUUGAAUGUGAAUGCCGCGGCGCGGAAUGAAUGAUUUUCACAAUAUACCAAUGCUUUAUAUAUAUUAACAUCUCGACUGAACCGUAGCACAAGUAUACCUUCAUACAUAUAUAUACAUACGUAUUACCAUACUGUUAUAAACACUUUUAAUUGAUUAAAUAUUUUAUUGUGAUUCUAUAUUAUUAUUAUUAUUAUUAUUUUUAACUCAUUGUAAGAUUUUACCAAAUUUAUACAUACUUACAUAUAUGUACAUACAUACAUCUAUUUACAUAAUAAAGUAUAGGCAAUUUUAUAUAUUUCACUUUUUAUUUAUUUAUUACUCCCAAGUCUUUCAAGUUAAAGCCGCUUGGAAAUAUUUUUUUUAAAAGAGAUUAUAGGUUAUUUCAUUGUAACAGCUUGUACACAAUUUCAAUAUUAUAAAAAUUGAUAUUAUAUAACACUAGUUAAAAUAUCGUUAUGUAAUUCUGUUAAACAAACUAAUGUUUUUGUAUAAAUGCGCAUAAUAUAUGUAUAUUAAAAAUAAUAUUUUUUGCAUUACAUGCAUACACUAUUUGAUUUCACGUCACUUGACAAGCUGUUAGAUGCUUCACAAAAAACUUCACUUCAUAAAAAAAUGUUGUUAAAUAUUGAUAUUUUUAUA